UUGCAAUAGAUCACAAGAGAGCGGGGAAACCCGACACUGAUCGUAAGUAUAAAUCAUCGAUCGACAAUCGAUCCGCUUAUCAGUCCUGUGCAAAAUGUGGCAUCGAGGAGUUUUUCUGACGAUCGGAUUCGUUGCGGUAGCAGUUGUCCACAGCCAGAAUCCCGUACCAUGUAGCAUAAAACCUCGGCUGCCCGGCCAGUGCGUUCCGGAGAACCAGUGCCCCCAUGUGGCAAUCAAGAGUGCUCAGGAACGUCAAGCUCUGAAGUGCAACCUGGGAUCAGCUCAAGGAGUUUGCUGUCAACCGGAUAAGGUUUUCGAGCUUGAUUUUUCCCAAUGUGGCUACGGUGGAGGCUAUCGAGCAGGUUUGAGCAUUGCGGAAGUCACUGAAGUGCCUUGGAUAGCUAUUUUGUUGUAUCGGGAUGCUAAAAGCAACAAGUUCGUUGAGGAUCAGUGCCUUGGGGCGUUAAUCAGCAAUCAAUACGUGCUGACAACGGCGCGCUGCUUGAACAACGGGAAAAAACUAGCGUCUGUUCGAUUGGGAGAGUUGAAGAAAAGUACCUCGAAAGACUGCGGCAAGAUCAUAAAGGGAAGCUACGAAUGUACCGAGACGAUCGAUGUGCCCGUAGAAUCGACGGUCAUCCACGAAGGACACCGAUCCGGAAGUGACCUGGGUCUGAUAAGGCUCACGCGAAAAGUCGAAAACUCCAAAGCUGUUCGCCCUAUCUGUCUUCCGAUCCAACAGAAUCCGGACAAACCUUUCGGUUACAACUUCUUCGAGGUGGCCAGUUGGUACGGAAAUUCGGACGAUUUGCGCAAAGAACCUCUCGCUGGAAUGGGAACAACCGAAUGUCAAUCGAAGGUACGCGGCCUGGGGAUUUCCGUCGAUAGCGAGAAACAUCUGUGCACCCGGAUAACCAAUGGAAGGUGUGCCCUGACCGAAUCGGGAACUCCGGUAUAUCAAAUGGCCGACAUGGGCCCGCACAACUUGCGCUGGGUACUGUACGGAAUUGGCUCUCUGGAUACUUCCAAAUGCAGUGCCCGUGUCCCUACCGAUGGUCCGCUUCUGUCCGCGAAGGUUGAACAUUUUGUUCCGUGGAUUUUGGAGAAUAUGAAGUCCUAAGCUUGACUAGGGCGGAUUCGAAAAGAUUUGUGUCUUUAUAAACAAAACGACCGAAAUUAAAAAAAAUUAAAUAAAAUAAAUUUAAAGGAUUUCUUUUUAUUAA